ACAUUGUUUGGCCAUUUCUCUCGAAAAUGGCGGCCGUGUUGGACGAGGUCGGCAAAUCCGCUGAAAAACUCGUGGACGAGGAAAAGAACGAGAUCGUCGACGAGAAGGACGAGACCGGCGCGGUCGAGGCUUCGAAGAAGAAGAAGAAGAAGAAAAAGAAGAAGAAGGCCGGUGCUGGAGAGGCUAGUGCAGAUGUUCCUGAAGGGGAAGAGAAUAAAGUUAAGGAUGAUGAUGGAUCAGCCGAAGGUCCCACAGAGAUGACCGAGAACGAUGGAGAGAGCGAAGAAGUCAAGAAGAAGAAAAAGAAACGCAAGCCCAGAGGCAAGGGCGGCGUGAAGCAGCAAACGGAUCCGCCGACCAUUCCAGUGUCGGAAUUAUUCCCGGACGGUAAUUUCCCGAUAGGGCAGAUAAUGGAUCAUCCACCUGCUGCCGGAAUAGACGAUAGAAUGGCGAAAAAUCGCUUCACCAGCGAGGAGGCGCGCGCUCUCGACAGAAUGCACAAUGAUAUCUAUAAUGAAGCCAGACAGGCAGCCGAGGCACAUCGACAAACCCGAAAGCAUAUCAUGAAAUGGGUAAAACCGGGAAUGACUAUGAUAGAGAUUUGUAAUGAGCUGGAGGAGACCGCUCGGAAAUUGAUAGGCGAGGACGGUCUCAAGGCUGGAUUGGCUUUCCCGACCGGUUGCUCCCGCAAUCACUGCGCGGCUCACUACACUCCGAACGCCGGCGAUCCAACCGUUUUAGAAUAUGAUGACGUCACGAAGAUCGAUUUCGGUACGCACAUUAACGGGCGUAUCAUUGAUUGUGCGUUCACCUUGACAUUUAAUCCGAAAUACGAUAAGUUGAUCGAGGCUGUUCGCGACGCUACCAAUACCGGUAUCAAGGCUGCCGGAAUUGAUGUGCAAUUGUGCGACGUCGGUGCUGUUAUCCAGGAAGUAAUGGAGUCCUACGAGGUGGAAUUAGACGGCAGAACGUAUCCGGUGAAGUCGAUUAGAAACUUGAAUGGCCACUCUAUUGCGCCUUAUCGCAUACACGCCGGGAAAACGGUGCCGAUAGUUCGAGGUGGCGAGGCAACCCGAAUGGAGGAGAACGAGUUCUACGCGAUCGAAACUUUUGGAUCUACCGGCAGAGGCGUCGUUCACGACGACAUGGAAUGUUCGCAUUACAUGAAGAGCUUCGAUGCCGGUUUCGUCCCAUUGAGGUUGCAGAGCAGCAAGUCUCUUCUCAAUACUAUCAACAAGCAUUUCGGUACUUUGGCUUUUUGUAAACGUUGGUUGGACCGCGUCGGUUGUACCAAGUACCAAAUGGCUCUGAAGGAUCUCUGUGAGAAAGGCGCCGUGGAGGCGUAUCCGCCAUUGGUCGAUGUCAAAGGCUGUUACACUGCUCAGUUCGAGCACACUCUCGUUCUGCGUCCUACGUGUAAAGAAGUGAUUUCCCGCGGAGAAGAUUAUUAAUACAUCUAUAAAGAAAUGAACCAUCGUUGUGUUUUACAUGAAUCGCUAUCGCAUGUGUCAAGAUGUAUUUUAAUCUCGAUGUAACAUCUUUUAUCAAAACAUUGUCUCGUUCGAUCCGUACGCGGCAAUGCGAACGGUAAACGCGUGAAUAAGAAUAUAAUCAUUGUAACACACGUCAGCGCGUGGCAUUUUUAAAUGUAAUUUACGUAAUUUUAUUUUUCCGAUUGUAAAGAAAAUAUCGUAGCAUAAUGCUACGAGCUUCGACACGAACGAUGAAAGCGCAGUGAGCGAUUUCUAUUUCUUAUACAUCAAAUGUUUCCAUAUCAUGGAAUAUAUCGCUUGAGAAAUAUAAUUCUUUUGCAUUUUCUUUUUUUUUUAACGUUUCUUUACGAAUAUACGCUUUGAGAGGAGGAUCGGUAAUUUGUAUUCGACGUAACAAUUUUUAAAUCUUUAUUACUGGUUUCUUACAGUUUUACUCUAAAAUGGAAAUGACAGGGAUGGUGUGUUUAGUAUUGAAUAAAAUAUAUUUGGAAUUCGAGAUUUAUAUCAUUGCGAAGAUCUUAUGGUCCUGAAUAUCGUAUAAUUAAGUUUUUAAUGUUAGAACGAUAUAAACGUAGAGAGUAAUACAUACAUGUGACAACUGUACAAAAAGAAAACGAAAGUAUUCUGCAUUUGCGGCUUCUCUAUAGCGAAUCUCUAUACGUCGAUAUAUUUCCCUACGCAUUUUAAGAGCGCGAAUUAUAUGUUAUAAAAUCUUCGUGGAUUGAUCGGUAAAUUAAAAAAAGGUGUA